AUGCGAGUAAAGAUGCUUGCUCGCAAAACUGUGGCUACAGGUGCGCUUUCAAGUAAAUUAAACGCACAGUUAAAAGCUAGUCAAGGCAAAGAUUCCAAAAAUUCUGAUGAUUCUUUCAAGUCUGUGAGUGAGAGGGAAGGAACUGGGUCUUCUGAUUCUGAGCAGGCAACAUCUGUGCAAAAUCCUUCUACUGAGGUAAUUUCUGAUCUAACUGAAAAUUUGGAAAAUCGAUUUGUUUUGCUUGGGUCUGUUGUGGAUGUGGAAACGACUGAGUUAAGAAGGAGAGGAGGUGAAAAUGAAAGAGAAAAAGAAACAGAGAGUGAGGGUGUGCGUAAUGAUGAGAAGGGAAAAGGGAAAGAAGUGGCUGAUUCCUCACCCACCUCUGAAACGGUUAAAAUGGCUAUCUGUGGGGCUGAGCCAGAAAAGGUGGUAGAGAGUAGCAAGAAAACAGGGGGAAGUGGUUCAGGGGAGGCUGCUGAAGGACUAGUAAAUCUUAGAAAGCAUACAGAUGAACCUGGUUCAUCUAUUGAAGAGACCCUAGCAGAUCUUCUGAAGAAGGUUGGUGCCAGCUAUAAACCCAAGAAAAGGAGAACUCCAACACGAAAGACUCCUGGCACUGCAAGAACCAACAAGAAAAGGACUGUUUCUCCUGAAACUACUGAUAUUCCUUUACCAAAAGGAAGGGCCACAAGGAGUAAGUUGAAGCAAAGUGAGGAGGCGUUGCAGAAAGCUUUGGAAGAAAGUAAGAAGAAAAGAAUAGACAAAGGGAAAGCAAAGGUGUCAGAGCUUGUUGAGGCUAGUGAUGUGGAUAAGAUGGACCGGGUCCAUCAAGGUGAACAUAUGACUGUGGAGAUGGAGGUUCAGACCCCUAAGCCCAAGAAAGCCAAGACUUCCUCAAAGAAAUCUUCAUCUGUAUCCAAGUCUGCUGAACCAUCUACUUUGGCUAAACGGACAAGGUCUGGUGUGAAAGCCAAACAAGUUAAAAUUACUGAAUAA